UUUAACUGACUACGGUGCCUGAGCAGGGAAUUUUGUUAGCUGUUGUCAAGCUUGUGAAGAGAGCCGCUGGACACCGAGGACCUAUCUGUGUCGCUCAGUUGUGUGUAUGAGCUGCGGAAAGUUCUGCCCCUGUGGAUUCAUUUCAAGCAACUUAGGGCUCUGAGCAGUUGGAUGAACAACUAAGAAGAGAUGGGACCUCGCACAGCUGACAGUGCCUCCAAAGAUGAGAAAGCAGUCAGAGGCGGAAGCUGUGGGGGUCCGGCGAGACCCCGGGUGAGAAGCAGCAGCGAUGGCAGCAUCUACACCAGGAGGGUGGUCAGCGCCUACAGCGCCUCCUCCUCCAUGCUCUCUAAUCCUAAAUCAGUCCUGAAGAGACCAGUAAGCACAGAGGAGCUGCAAACACCGGGAGGCCCCUACAUAAAGAAAACGUUCACAAUUGUGGGGGACGCCGUGGGUUGGGGGUUUGUGGUCAGGGGAAGCCAUCCGUGUUAUAUCCAGGCUGUGGAGCCCUCUGGCCCCGCAGCUGCUGCGGGGAUGAAGGUUUGCCAAUUUGUGGUAUCAGUGAAUGGUCUGAAUGUCCUGGAUCUGGACUACCGGACCGUCAGCCACCUAAUUCUAACAGGACCCAGAACUGUAGUGAUGGAGGUUAUGGAGGAGACUGACCACUGAAGAUGAGGAGGAACAAGCACAGCGAGUCCGAGCGGGCCAUGGGCGGGCUUCCGCUUUGUAGGAAACGUACCAAUGCUAGUUCUGUAGGUGGUUUUUGAAGUAGGAGAUAACAUUAUUAGAAGACCUUUCAAUCCUGCAUUGAAGUUGAACUUGUGGGGCUUUCACACUUCACUGACUGAAGACAAGUGUUAAACUGAGACUGAGACUGUGAAACAGACCAGAAUCCCUUUCAGAUUUAGACUCAAUCCAGUGGCAAUAAAACACUAUCAACAUAAUAUAUGAUAAACAAAGUUUGCGGCAUAAAUUAAGAUAAUCUCAUUAAAGAACCCUUGGUAGCUUUACUGAUACCCAGUUCUAAAUUUCGAAGUUUCAGAAACAUCUCAUGCAUGCAGCUUGACUAUAUUUUCCACAAUUCUUCCCCUUUAUUUGUAAAAAAUGACGUGUGUGUUAAGCAUGGACACAUUACCGUGGUUUAUUAGUUCCUUUCAGAGGAGGAAGAGGUACAGGG